UCUGGGCAUACUCUUCACCCUCGUGGUCCAGAACGUCGUGCUGGACAGGGGCGACCAAGCGAGGAUGGCCGAGAUCACGAGGUGCAUCGAGGACGCCCUGAGCGAGCACCUGGACCUGGUCGAGCUGGCGCCAGAAGCGCUCACCGCCUCGCUGCGGCCGCACUCGCACCGGGAGGCGUUCCGCGCCGAGUGCGAGGCGUCGUACCCCUCGGGGGGCCAGGCGGAAGCGGCCGCCGCCAGGCUGCGGCCCCCGUCCGGCCUCGCCCAGGCGGUGGCCGACCGGGCGCGGCAGGGCCUCGCGCCCCAGCGGCCGGCCGCGCCGCCCGUGGCGGUCAGCGCGCCGCUGCAGCUCCGGGUGGUGCCUACCGGGCUGGUGGAGCGCCUCUACUCGGACCGCGAGGGCCGGGAGCAGCGGCGCGAGGAGCUCGUGCGCAAGGAGGUCGACAAGUUCCAGCAAAAGCCGAGCUUCAUGAACGACAUCUCGCGGAGCCUUGCCAAAGACGUGUGGAGCCGAGACAAGCUCUACAUGCAGAGCGAUGCGGAGAAGCCGCAGGUGCAGUCGCCGUCUUCGCGGAGUGCAUACGGCCCGCUGCCGAGCGACAGGAAGCCCUUCACCACCGCGACGCCGGCGGAGGGCAAGGUGCUGCCCCGCGGAGGCGGCCGGGCGCAGGACGGCUUCGGGCCCGCACCCCUGCUCAACGCCCCCCCCGGCAAGUCGGUGCGCAAGUCAGACGGCGCAGCUGCCAAGGCCGGGAGGUCGAGCGAGGAGCAGGCCAAGGCGUUGGAGGAGUUCUUCGAGAGGCAGGACAAACUCCUAGAGAAGCAGCGCGCGCAGAGGCCGGACCAGGAGCCGGUCCCUCGCGAGACUCGCCGCUUCGACACCUCCCCGAGGCCGACUCGGAGCACCCCCGUCUUGGAGCAGGCGAGAGGCUUUGGCCCCCUGCAGCUCCUGUCCUUCCGUCCGGACGACUCCAGCCAGCCGCUCUCUCCGUUAGGCACGAAGAGCGCCGAGCUUCUGCGUGAGAUGGGGCAGGAUGGCAAGAACUUCCUGGCCCGGCAGGAGAGGUCCAUCGCCAGGCAUCACGACAUCCAUCGCCCAAACAAGCCCGAGCCCCCUGAGGCGCCAGACCCGGAGUGCACCUGGGCCCCCAAGAUCAUCACGCGGGCGCCGCGUGGCGGGUCGGACAAGGCUGGGACCCCGCAGCCCCCCGGGCAGCCGCUCCGUCAGCCCGGCGCCGACGGCGAGGACGACCCGCUCCGUGAGCCCGGCGCCGACGGCGGGCGCGGCCCGCCCCGCCAGCCCGGCGCGGAGGGCCGCCAGCCCGGCGCGGAGGGCCGCGCGGCCCACGCCGGCGGCCUGGCGCUCAGCGGGGCGCGCGCGGUGCCCUCCGAGUCCGACUGGGACGCGCGGGCCUCGCAGGCCGUGCUGGAGUUCCCCGACAACGGGGCGGAGCGCACCAGCUGCGGCCAAGGGCCGCCCGCGAAGAGCCUGGCCGAGCUGCUGUCCACGGGGUCCCAGUAUUCCCAGCACGCGCUCCGCCUCGCCAGCAUGGAAAGCCGCUACGCGGUGGAGGAGAGGCGCGCUGGCGCUCCACAAGGCUGGCGCCGCGCCCCGCAGCCCGCUGCCGUGGCGUGCAGCCAGCGCCGCAGAGAUUGCAGUGCCUCUGCUCCUGCUUGCUUCCGCGCCUGGUCCUUCCCCUGCGGUGCCCAAUUUGGCUCCGAUGUGUCCUUCGGCUGUCCCGGCCGCGUCUUGGACCCAAGCCGCCGCUGACGAAACAGAGUCCCCGCUUCUGAUUUUGAUCUUGCCUGGGUCGGGCCGCUCAGAGGAUUGUUGUCGUUUCCGGCAUGGGUGCCGCCUGCUGCCCAGUGCUUGUGCUUGGCGCUACUUUGCCGGCUCCCGGGACUUCUCGGACGUGGCGCACGGCCUCGAGAAUGUCUUCAGGAAGUCUUCGUGCGCGGCCUGGCCGUAGUCAGUUAUUCAAUCACCAGGGCGAGCAGUUCAGCCGGGUUGCGCCUGCGCGUGGGAAACAUCCGGCGCGUCAUAACACACCCACGACUCCGAAGGCUUGCCACCUAUCUUUCAGAUUGCCCCCAAUUUCCUCGGACCACCCGCUGUAACGUGUGUAAGUUGUUCACGUAAGACGUGUGUCCUUUUCACCGCGCAUGUGUGAUCUCUUUGUUUGUGACUUGCGCACAACUUGCUUGCCCGCUCGUCAGCUAUGUUUUGUCCUAGCCGCACUUGCACACAUCCUCUCAUAUUGGCACGUAUGCAGGUCUGCCACGGCUUGCUCACAGUGAACC